AUGUAAAAUUUAAAGAUGUUUAUUUCAAAAGAAGGUUUACAAUCUCUUCAUAAUUACUCUUUCAAAGGUGAAGAUCAUUCAUUUUGUGCAAAUCAUAUAUUAGCUCCACUCAUUUGGGAACCAUUAUUAAAGAACGUUAUACCACGAUGGUUAGCACCAAAUAUUUUAACAACAAUUGGAUUUAUUUCAAUGACAGUUGCAUGGAUAAUAUUGGCUAUUACUGUUCCAACAGGAACAGAACCAAUUCAUCCAAUAAUAUAUCUCUUAACAAUUAUUUGUAUUUUUAUUUAUCAAAUAGCUGAUAAUGUUGAUGGAAGACAAGCAAGAAGAACAAAAAAUGCAACACCAUUAGGAGAGUUAUUUGAUCAUGGAAAUGACUCAUUAAUGAUUGGAAUAUUUGCUCUUGUUGUUGUUUUAGCAUUAAAAACAACCACUUUAUUAACAUUAUCAGUCUUAUUAAUGUUAUAUUUAAUAUUUUUCCUUUCUCAUUGGGAGGAAUAUCAUACUGGUGUUUUAAUUCUUGGUCCAUUAUUAAAUCCUACUGAAUUACAAUUAAUGGUUAUUGGAAUGUUAUUAGGAGAAACAGUAUAUUCAGAUAUUAUUACUAUUUCAAUUUUUGGAUUCCAAGUAAAUACUACUAUUGCUUUUUGUGUAAUUUUUGGAGCAUUUGGAGCAUUAGCUAUGUAUUCAUAUAAUGUAUAUGCUUUUAUUAAAGAUACUAAAAAAUGUUCUUUUAAAGAUUCUUUAAAGAGAUUAUUCCCUUUUAUGCAAUUCUUUUUAUUAACAGGUGUUUUAUUCUUAUUAACGGAUGAAGUAUUUAUUAGAAAUAAUUUCCAUUCUAUUGUUGCAAUUACUAUUCUUCUUAAUGCAUUUAUAACUCAAAGAAUUAUUUUAAAUAGAAUUUGUAAAGAAGAAGUUGAUUCAUAUUAUUAUAUCAAUAUUAUUUAUGCCUUUUAUGUCUUUUUAAUGGUUUGUAAUGUUCAAAAAGAUUUAAUUACAUUUAUUAUGUUAUUAAUUUCUAUUGGACAAGAAGCAUUAUUUGCUGUUAUUGUGUCUCUAACUAUGUCAAAAGAAAUUGGUAUUAAUGUUUGGACUGUAAAACAAUGGGCAGAAUAA